AUGCCAAAGUCGACUCGUGCGUCUGCACGCAUUUCCAAGGCACACCACAGAAUUCCAUCAAAAACAAGUCGUACCAGGAGUGGUCGACAACCUUCCCAACAAAAGAACGCACAAUCGUUGAUUGCUGAAGCAACCAGCAAGCGGCGCACGCCAAAGUUGCCACCUCUGGCAUUCCUUGCUCGGUCUCCGGAUGUAAUCAAUGCGGACCCAAACAGACAGGUCCGCCUCUUCGCACUUCCUCAAGAACUGCUAGAGCAGAUCGCUAGCCACCUUCCCCUGGUCUCUGUUAUCUGUCUCACUUUGACAUGCAAAGGAGCUGCUGAAGCGAUUGGAACACACUCAUGGGCCAACUACAAGAAGGAGAAACGGUGGGCCAUGGACCGGAAUGGUUUCAUUGAAUUGUUGGCACGAGAUUGGGGCGACAUUUUAGAAUUUUGCACGCGAUGCGAUACCCUUCAUCCGCCUCUGCAGCCACCCAGGAGCCAUCGUGAGACGAAAUUGACCAAGUGGUGCUUUGGACAAGAUGCGAUCAUCGAUUACCUUCCUCAGGGUGCGUCGCAUGGGUAUAGUCCCGUGUUCCUACACAUUGCCAAUGCGAUGGAAGACUCCAAAGAUUUUAACUCAAAAGGCAAUGUCGGACUGCCAAUUGACACGCUGUCUGAUGAUUUCACGAUCACGGAAAACAACCUCACUUGGAACCUCAACACAUCUGGCCAACGCAUCGUUGGGAAUUUGAUCGUCAAACAUGUGCACACCUUCCGGAGUCGGAAAAGCAAGACAUUGACCGCGAAGGAUCUUCUGACUCUUCCAAUCCGUUUGUGUCCUCACCAGUCGACCACAACAGACAAGCCGGAACGCUCCCGUUACAUCAAAGGCAAAUGCGUCGAGCAGAACGGUAGCCUGUUCACACACGCCAUCACCAUUGCAUUCCCAGUAACGAGUCAAACAUCUGUCAAUCUCGACUCGCUCAAGCCCUUGACACCAUCGGAACAGGCACAAGUUUCUGCAUCACAUGCUGGAGAAGAAGUGCACUGGCGAUGCCGCUCGUGUCCGACAAAAUAUCGCGUGCUGCAUAACAAGGAAGCAGUCGCGAUCACGAGCUGGCACUGCUUUGGGAGAGAUAUGUACCACGCUUCAAAGUAUUGGAAGUGGAUGGUCAGAAGGACAGGGACGACGCUGGGUACAGACAAGAGGAAUGAUGAGUGGUGGAGUCCUUCGAGGACGGUUCCUGACUUCUUUUGUGGAUGA